AUGGCUCCAGGAAAGGCCCACAGAGGCGCCUUUUCACAAGAGCGGAAUGCAAGCUCACACAGUCGGGCCGAGAGGCGGGACGACGAGGAAACGAGGAAAACGCCGGGGGGAAGCCCCGCCCGAGGAAGGCCCCCCCCGUCUAGGGUCGAACCUUUGCCGCCGGGUCAACUGCAACAGCCAACAGUCUCUCUGGCGACAAGAGCGUCUUCACAGCGGCGAGGCAGCAGCAGAAGUGAAGGAGAGAGAGAAAUUGCAAGGAAGAGACACGAGGCCAGCGGACGGCCUGCUAGCCCCGAUGCCGGCGCGAAGGGAGAAAAUCGAGUACAUGACGUGGAGGAACGGCUGUCACGUACACUGUUGAACUGCCGAUCGUCUCGUCGCCUCGCAUCCAAGACCUGUUCCUCGUCUUUUCCAGAGACGUCUUGUCACUUUCCUUCGCCACGCCUUUCCUCUCCGUCUUCGCACCGUCUCACUAGGCUCGCCCCAGGCACUGGCUGCAGACUCGCAGCUCGUGCAAAUGCUCGGGUGUCUGUACAGGCUGUCUCGUCCGAGCGUGGGGCCGACGGGGACUGUCUUCCACCGCAGUUGCAUUCUGAAAAGAAGGGUAAGUCUCCAGGUCGGCAGAUUGUCUUGUUGAGCGACAAAGCUCCCAAAAGAGCCUCCACUCGAUUCACCUUCCGCCAUUCGACCGUCUCUCGGAAAAGUCGCUUUUCCUCGUCUGUUCCCCGUCCGAGUUCUCCACAAUCGGCCUCGCCCUCGACGUCUCUGCGCCCCUCGGGACUGGCAAUCCCUCAGCGUCUUCCUCUCCCCUGGACGUCACCCCCCUCUCCGUCUUCGGCUUCUUCGGUAGCCCCUUCGUCACCCUCUUCUUCCUCUGCUUCUUCCAUGCAUUCUUCAGCAGUACCGUCGUCUGCUUCUCGCUCCGCCUCUUCUGUGAACUUUUCCCCCCGCACGUCUGCUCCAGGCCUUCCUUCCUCUCUCUCGGAUUUCCUUGCUUCGCUGGACUCCGAGGAGAAACGCAGCGCAGCGCUGUUGAUGCAGGAGCUCGUGGAAGCUCGGCAGAGACGCACAGAGGCCGAACGGCGUGUGGAGGAGGCUCGCCGCCAGCAACAGGUCUUGCGAGCUCGAGCGGGCCGGCUGGUGGGAAGCAUCGAUGAGAAGCUUCGCACGCGCUUCCUCUCUCUGCUGGCCUCGCCGCCUUGUGCGGUGUCGGACGGAGCCAUUGCCGGCGCUUCGCCUUUCGUGAACGAGGAGAAGGACGUAGAGGAGACGCCCAGGAAGGCGACUGCGGCCUCUCGCUUGGCAAAGAUUGCCGCCACGCGACCCUGUGGGGUAGCAGAGAGGCGGAUCAGCGGAGGGGAGCAAGAAGAGACAGACGAGGCGCAAAGGGGGGACGGCAAACCUGAGAAAGGCCAGGAAAAGCGGAGCUGUCGCAGGCGGGAGGGCGAGGGUGCGGACCCACGCAGGGAUAUUGCUCCUUUGGAUAGAUGUCCGUCUGCAUCUCGGGAACGAGAUAACCCGAGAAACACCCCGAGACACGCAGAGGAGAGGAGGCGAGUCAAGGGCAGACGGAACGCCGAAACUAACCUGGAAAACAAGGAAGAUGAAGACUCUGCGCUUCCUAGCCCUGGGGACGGCUUCGAGGGCGAGGCACCCAGAGAGUCCGCUGUGGUGCGACGAAAGCACCGUGAAAAUCACCACGUGACAAACACACGGCUUCCGUUCUUCUCUCCGUCGCGGGUCUCCUCUUUUUCGCCCGUCUCUUCUGUCUCCUGUCGCGUCUCUUCUUGCGGCCGACGCCCUGAUUCACAAAGAAGACCCACCCCGGGGUCGGAGCGUCCAGCGCGAAAAUGCUCAGACCACGCAGGUGCGUCACCCGAUCACGCGAAGCCCGCGCACGCGAAACAGCCUUUCUUCAGUCGAAAGCGGGUGCUGCCUCACGCGAAGGAAGAAAGCGACCUUCUCGAGCCUCGAGCCUCCAGAGAACAGCUGACAAAGAAGAGGAGACGCAUCGCAGCGCCAGCUGAGCGGGAGGAGGCCGAGGCGGGAGACGGGGCGGCCGAGGCAGGGGACGAGGCGGCCGCAAGAGACGAAAAAAAAGACAGGGGACACAACUCCAAGAGCGGGAGACGUCUGUCGUUUGUGGUUGACUCGUCAGCGAGUCGGCGUUUCACUCGGAGCACGCUCGCGGCGGGUGAGAAGGAGGUAGUCUCGGACACCGAGCGACCGCGGCCCUGGGGAAGGCCGAAAGAGGACUUUUUCUCUCUUUCUCCUUUUCAAGCACUUUCUGACCAGAACCAGGUUGCGCGGUUUCAGCUGCGCAGCGCCGAAAAAGACUCCUUGAAGCCACACAAGCAGGCAAGGAUGGAGACGAGGAGACAGGGACUGGCGGGAGCUCGCGAGGGCGAGGGUGAAGACGAGGGCACGAAUCCGGAAGAGAAGAACUUGGCGAAGAAGAGGCCGUCAUUGCGAUUUCCGUGCGGAGCGGAGAAGCGGGUGAAAGCGGCGACAGUUUCCUCCCUGCUCCCUGAGAAAGGAAGCGAAAAGGAGGCGACGAAGAACGGCCAGACUGAUGCAGCGGUGUCCCCGGUCCUCGAUUCCCGGAAGACUGAGAGCUCGGCGGCGCGUGGCGAAGCCGAUGGCGACGUCUCUGUUCCGCUCCACAAAGCAAAGGAAGAGAACGCUCGGGAGAAGGGAAGAGACGAAGACGCAGAAAAAGACAAGGAGACGGUCUAUCUCUCUCGCCUUCGGGCUCGAAGCAGCUGUCUACGCGAUCCACACGCUCGAUGGGUGGCCCGAUGGCUGCAGGAGCUCUAUCGGUGGGACGAGGAAGUGGAAGACAGCGACACAGAAACUUCUACGUGGCGUCGCGCUCUUUCUUCUUCCCUUGGUCCUCCGUCUCUGCAAGAAAGCGAACAGGAGAAACCGUCGUCGCGGCGGUCGUGUAGGCUGGCAGCCCGCUCGGCUUCUCCCUCGGCGCGCUCGUCGCUGUCCCCGGUUUCUCCGCUUCUCCCGGGCGGCGACGUAGGUGCGUUGUUUCUGCUUGCUGUUUCGGCCGAGGGCGAGCGGCAUCCUGGCGGGCAGCAGAUGCUUUCUUUGCUGAAGCGCUUUUCCUCAGCGGCCGUGUUUCUUGGAAACGACGCACCCCGAACGCCCCUCCUAGACAAACAGCUUCGUGGCUCGAAGCGCGGCGAGCUCGUCUCGCUGCUGGUCCCUGCGGGAGGCGCGAAGGCCCAGCGAGGCGAGGGGCGGACGCGGGAGGGGGACGGAGAGGAGAACGAAGAAGCCGAGAGAUGGAAAAUGUGCUUCUCGCUUCUUCUCGCCGCUGCCGCACUCCCCGCGAUCAGCCUCAGAGGCACGCAUCGCUUGGCCGACCAGCAGCACGUCAUUCGCUUCCUCCAGAUUGCAGAGAAACAUGUGUUCUCUUCUCUCAGGCCAGGACUCGCGUCGCCUGUGGGGCUUCACGGGGAGUCCGAAGCGCCUUCUCUGCAAGGUCUGGCGUCUGUGAAAUACACAGGCGCGAGCAAGGCCAAGAGAGAAACCGCAGAGAGAGAGACCAAGGAGGAAGCGACGCAAGACAGAAAAGUGCUGGCGGGCUCGCGGCAGCUCCAUCUGAAAAAAGAGAAAGACAACGGGGCUCUGCGACACUUAUUCUGCGUCACCGAAAUGACCGCGCAAGAAAUGCAGGCUCGACUCGCUGACGUUAACUGGCAAGCAAAGCUACCGCCCCUUCCUCUGGCCACCAAUGGAUGCUCGUGUUGCUGCUGCUUCAACACGCCACAAUUUUCCGCUGUGUCUUCUUCUGGUUCGUCUUCCACUUCACUGUCGACUUCCACUUCUCUUUCUGCGUCCACUUCUCUGUCUACUUCCACUGCUCUGUCUACGUCCACUUCUCUUUCUGCGUCCACUUCUCUGUCUACUUCCACUGGUCUGUCUACGUCCACUUCUCUGUCUUCUUCUUCUUCCUCUUGUUCCUCUUCUUCCUCUUCGUCCUUUUCGUCCUCUUUGUCUUCUGCUUCCUCUGUGGCUUCGCUUGAGAAGGUCUGCGCUGCGACUUUGCAGCUAGAGAAGCCUUCGCCUCUUGGCGGGCCGUGCGCGGGGGAAGGCGCGAGCGGCGGGAAAAGAGAGAGCAUCGCGGCGGCUUCGCUGAAUCGCGUUUCUUCGUGUUUUGAUCUCGCCCCGUCGAGGCUGGAAGACGUUUCGCGGCCUCAGGCGUCCAAGGACGCCUCGUCGGGAACUGCCCGAGCUUCCCAUGCUCAGGUCGUCGCCUUCCGGGUGAUGGAGGCCGCUCGCCGCAUUCUGGCGACGGCCUACAGGAGCCGGCAGGGGGAAGCGGAGCGAGAGAUUGGAGAAACCGCAGACAACGAGGAGGCAGGAAGGCCGACAGGAGGCGGCGCAGCGAAGGGAACGGAAGGCGGUGAAGGUGAGAGAGAGGAGACACCGAGUGCUUCGCUCUCUUCGUCUGCAUUCGUGCCUGCGUCGACGCCGAGGGGAGGAGAGAGUCUGGGGGUUGCAAUUGCAAAGGAGGACCAAGUUCGGAGCGCAGAGCUGGCGAAGCAGAGACUGCUCGGUCUGCGUGUUUUGUUUCCGCUUUUGAAGAAUCGCGCCGUUUCGAUGUGCAUCAGAUACCUCGAACAAACGCAGGGGAAGCCACAGCAUGCGGGAAAACGCGAUCCGCACCAAGGACAAGGAGGGACGGGGAAAGAAGAGGGAGUCGAGCAACGGACGCAUGCAGAAGAGAUGGGGGGGCGAGCGUGCAGAGGGCUUGGGGACAGAGACGAGAGAGACAGGAAAAGUCGAGUCGAAGGACCCCUGAAAGGCGUGUGGCGAGAAACGUGGCUCGACGGAAAGCACGUCUGGAUGGUCGACUCCGAGUUACGGGGACAAGGGGACGGAGACAAAGAGGCGCUCGCGACUCUGAAGCCACGUGAAGGAUGGCGCGGUACCGAGCGAGACCCAUGCAUCACUUGUUUCCACCCUGACCACGUCGGGGGCGAUACAGCUGCUCUUCUCGCAGCUGUUCUUCUUCGGCUUCUCCUUUUGGUUGCGUGGGACACAUCCGGUCACACGCAGCCGAGUGACCGACCUGCCUUGGCUGUUUCUUCUUGCCUGUCAGCUUCUUCCUCUUCUUCUUCCUCUUCUCCCCUUUCGUCGUCUUUUUCCUCUUCUCCGUCGCUUGCCCCUUCGUUUCCUGCUUCCUCGCUUGCGCCGACCGCCGUCUGUUCGUCGAUUGCUGUAGCCCCUCAUUCGGCGAAGCCGCUCGCGAGCUCUCUGGCCCGCCAACCCCCGAAGAGUGUGCUCCCGUCUGGCGCGGAGAGAGCGCGGCGUCCGCAUGCGCAGAGGAGCACCGAGUGCAUGCGCUUCUUUUGUCAGGCGUCUCUCGAGAGAGUGGAAGCUCGGUUGAGAACAGCAGAGAGACUUGCAGAGGCUGAAAAGAGACUUCGAGAGUUGCCCGUGUGGAAGCAGUUUCCGCAGGUUGACGUCGACGUGGCGAUCUCUGCCACUGCUGGGCGCGAGGCCGAAUCUCUUCUCUCCUGUCCUUGCUGCUGUUGUUCUCUCUCUCGGCUGUCGUCAUCGUUGCCUCUUCCGUUUCGCCUUGCUUCCCGCUCAACUUCCCGCUCCUCGCCGUCUCCUCUCUCUUCCUCUCAGCCUCUCUCUUCCGAUCCUCAGUCUUCCUCUUCUUCCUCGCCUCAUUCGUCCUCUUCUUCCUCGCCUCAUUUUUCCUCUUCUUCCUCGCCUCAGUCUUCCUCUUCUCAUGCAUGUUGCUGCGAGGCGGACCAGUCUCAGUCGCCUUCAGCGCUGUGUCAGUGCUGCUGUUGUCGACUGUCGCGUCUUCCAGCGGAAGAGAAGCAAGCAGCCGGAACCGGGCACUCUAGCGUCGACGUUCGAACCCCUUCUUCUCGGAUUUCUCCCUUUUCUUCUUUGUCGCCUGUCUCCUCUCCUCUCUCCUCCUCUCUCUCUUCUUCUUCUUCUCCUCCUUCCGCACCGUCUGUCUCCGGGCCAUCUUCCGACUCUGCGUCGACUGCGGUGUGGGCGUCUCCGUCGCUCGUAGCUGCCGCUCCGUCGCCGGCGUCCAGCACGGGCGACAGGCCGCUCUGGUCUCUUCGCGUCUCUCGGGCGUCGAUCAGCUGCGUGCACGAGCAGCACGCGGCGUGUCUCUCUCUGUGGGAAGAGACAGAUGCGGAGAAGGGGCCGGAAGGCCUCGCCGCCCCGAAGGCCCUCGAGGGCGGAGACAAGACAGAAGGCAAGAGAGAAGAAAGGGAAGCGCUGCGUCACUUUGUCUUCGCCUCUCAGGCCCCGGCGUCGCUCGUUGCGCUCCUGCGGCGCAAGGCACGAAGGCGAGAGGCGAGAGCGAGAGAGGAAAAGAGAAGGAAGGAAACCGCCGCGGGAGGGGAGACAAUCGAAGGGGACCGAGACAGAGCGACCGCGCCACAACCGCCGCAGCCCGUGCAGGGCGAAGCAGGCCAAGGAGAGGGAGGCGAUGGCGCGGAAGGAAGAAGUCUGGAGAAUGCUACAAGGCCUGUGGCGCCUCUGUGCGUAGAUGAAGACCAGCACAGAAUGGAGCUCGCCUUGCUUGCAGCUGCGACUCUGUUUAUGUCUCUUGACUUCUCUCCGCGUUCGUCUCCCUCGGGCACGCCCGCUCGCGCAGAGGUCGAAGGGCGCGCGCGAGAGAAAGACGGCGAUUCCCUCUGGGUCUCGCUCCGGCUUCGCCUGUUUGCGUCGCGCCUCAAGCACCGCCAGCGCGAGCCGUUGCUCGCGCUGGCGCAGGCCGCGCGCAUUGGGGCGAAAAAGUGCCCGGCUUCGCAUGCACUCGAGAGCGACGAAGGCCGAGGCCAGGUGGUGCCUCGGCAGAAACUGAAGCACCUCACGGCUCCUCGUCUCUCUUUGUUUCUCCAGGAAUGGAACUCCGUCGUGGCUGUCGCGUCCCCUUCGUCCCUGCCGCCAGCUCCGCUGUCUCCUGCCUGUGCGCCGUCGGGCGGCGCCCUCGCCUCCUUCCCUUCCGCCUUUGCGCUUUUUCUCAAGCGACUCGCAGACAGCCAGGGCGAGGAAGAGAGGAGACGCGCGACCGCUCUGCGCGAGACAGAGCGCGACAUGGAGAGGCUCGGGGCAGCUGUUCGCGAGGUUCUGCGCCGCCCACCGCUUCACCCCCGGAAGUGGAUAGAAGAGAAAUGGACGGACAAUCGCUCGACGGACAAAACCGAGAAACGCCGCGCGUUGUAUCUGCUGCGCUGGACGUUCUCUGUGUGCAGCCACGAGCAGUCCUUCGAGGCGCUCGCUCGGCAGGCUCUGGGGCUGGCGCACAGCGCCCAGAUCAAGAAUGGUGAGAGCGAGGCAGGCGGCGAGAAGCCUGAGGCGAUGGACGCGCACGUCAGGAGAGACAGAAAGGCAGGCGGCGCCGAAACCGAAGAGGACGGCUUUGACCUUGAACUCGCCUGCAAAUUUCCGCUUAUAUGCACGUUGUGUGGAAAAGUGAGUUUCCCUUUGGCUUGUCGGAACAGCGUGGACGUUCACCUGUUGCAUUUGUUGAAGCGUCACUGCCGUCUCGCGCCUCUCUGGGUUUUGUUUCUGGACAUUCGCGCCGUGCCUUUCUCGACGCGGCCGCUCUUUCUCCAAGUUGUCUCUACCCGCCUGGACAAGAAGCCAUCUGUGGGUGCCGCGCCGCCGGGGAAGGCUCGAGGCAAACGGGGGGACGGCGCGGACGGCCAGGGGGGGAGUGAAGGCCGCAGAGAGCGCGAGAAGGGCGACCGGCGGGAGAAAAGAAGAGCGCCUGCGGCAGAAGACGCGUCUGGACCCGAGAAGACGAGAAGGACGAGCGAGCGAGACGGAACACGGCCUGGCGCUGCCCCGCGGGCCUCCUUGCUCACACGCCGUCUCCUUGAAUCGCUGCUGUUUCCGCCCUCUGCGAAGCGGCUAGAGACCGCCCUCGCGCACGUGAAAGACGCGCUCGCCAAGCAGCGGUGCGUCUCGGCAGCUGCGGCUCUUCUUCGUCUCCUUCUCUCCGAGGAAACCGAACAGUAUCUCUCUGCCGCCAGCGCCGCGUCCUCUGGCUCCUCUUGCGCGUUUUCCCUGUCGAAGGCGACCGAGCAGCCCCUUUCUCGCGUCAUGUCUGCGUUGCUCAAGUGCGUCUUGGAGGCGAAGCUUCCGGGUUCUGGAACGACGGUCCAUCUCUUGCAUCUUGCGUUCUGCGCUGGCGCCCAGGAGUCGGGAAAGGCCGGUCCGACGCGCUUCUUCCGCCUGCUCCCUCGGGAAGACCAAGCUGUUCUCCGCGCCUUGGCGGUCUCGCCGCUCCACAGAAAGCAGUUGUUCCCUGCGCCCGACGAGGAACUCUCUCGCACGUCCGCCCAGCACCUGCAACCCGCCACGACGCCGAAAAGAAGCGCCUUUCUGCCCCGAGCGCCGCCCCCGCCGACCCUCCCGUCCGCAUUUUUCUUCUCUUCCGUCAGCCCUGCGCUCCCUCUGGGCGUGCGCGGGAAACCGUUCGGCCUGUCGCUCGCGUCGUCUUCGCGUGUUGUGCCUCCUGGAGAGACGGACCGACGGCGCGGCCGAGCCUGCGCAGCGGCCUCGCCUCUUGCCUUCGGCGCGUCUCCCCUUUUUGAUGCGUCGCUCCCGUUCCGGCCCGACCGCCGACGGAAGCCGCCGCUGCGCGUGAAUCAGCUGUGCAACGAAGAAUACGAAAUCUACGAAGACAUGCAGCCGGGGAGCUCGAGCCCGGGCGGCGGAGGCGCCGCGCUCCCCUCGCGCGGGGGUGGAGUGGAUUCGCCGAAAGCUCCAGAGACCUCAGCGGCAGCUCUUUCGCGCCCGCUGGCUUCUCCCUCUCCCUUGCCUGCGGCCUUCUCGCCACUGGUCUCUUCUUCGCUGCUGCUGCCGUCGCUCGCGCGCCGUGGAGAGCCCGGCGCCGAGGCCCACGCGUCGCUUCUCGCGCGCUUUUCCCCGAAAGCCACAGCCAGCGAGAACGGCCGCCGAUUCCUCCUCCAGUUCCUCCCCGUCUUUCGCUCCUCGAAGAUGCUGCUUCCCUCGGUCGUUCGAGCUUCCUUGGCAGGCUGCACUUGCGGAAGACGCGCAGGGGACGACCGAGCCGAGACAGCUCGGGGCCUUGGCAGCGACCGAGGCCUGCGGGCGUGGCGCGGACAAGGAAGGAGGCGUCUUGCAGGCGAACCCCAGGUCUUCGACGCGCCGGAGGAGAUCACGCUUCAAGUGGUGUGGCCCUCGGGCUCGUCGUCUCGCUCUUCCUCGCUUUCGCGCGCGUCCUCGUUCUCGUCACUGUCCCCUCGCAUCUCCACUGGCGAUUCAGCGUCUCCGCGGAACGGCGGAGGCGCGCCUGCGGAGAAGGAGAACGCGACGCGGUUUGCGAACGAGAGGAAGAGAGAAGACGAAGGCGAGCGCGACAUGGCGGGGAGCGACGAGGCAGCGCAGGAAGAGACUGAGGGCGGCGAGAAGACGCGCGGAGAAAAGACGCAAAACCAGCAGAACCCCGAGGGACAGAAGGGGACAGGCGACGGGGUGGAGCAAGGAAAAACGGAGGACGCACGAGAAACGGAGCUAGCAGACACUGGGUCUGGAGGCAGACGCUGCCGGCGAGAUGCGUCAGGAAUCACAGAAGGCCACGUAGCGUCGCGGAUGUCGAGUCUGACACGACAAAUAGGACGGGCGCGAAGUGAUGGAAAUGUUUGCGUUUCGAAUCCGUUCCACCAGGAAGAAGUGAGGAGAGAGACGAGAAAACGCGAGGGUAAGCGGGGGAGAACGGCCUUCUCGCCUUUCGAACUCCUCUACCGGUCGCAAAACUGUCGGUUCGCCAUCCACGAUCUCUACGAAACUGGCGGCGCCGCCGUCCUCGCACCAGCUCAGGGCCUCCGCAGUCCUCUCCGUUCACGCUCUUCGCGCGAUGACUUGCUCCAGAGGCGAGACUCGGUGCCCGGGAACGGCUCGGCACAGGACCGGCUCUCAGCUCCGAAAAAGGCCACAGAGCCGGAGGCGACGGCUGCGUCACCGCACCUUCCUUCUCUCUCUCCCGCGUCUUCUCGUCUCCUUUCUCGCAACGCCUGCGGCCCGCGAGAAGAACAGCGAGAAACAGAGAGUGAUAUCGACGAAGAGAGAUAUCGAGGGAGAGACGGCGAGAGUGGCGGAUACGAGACGCAGCGCAAGGCGGGAGGAGAGGUGAGGCAUCUCUCGGCGUCGAGCCGCGAUUUGGGGUGUGAGGUGUUCGCUCGAGAAGAAAGAAAGACAGGACAGAAGGUGAGACCAAGCGAUUUCCCGUAUAUGCGAGCAACGCGCUUUUCGUGGUACGAAGUCUUCGCUUUAACUCCUCUUCGUUUGCGCUCCACGGGCACCGACGCCUCGUCGCUUUUCUCGCUGACUACCCGCCGCCUCGCGAAGACGAAUCCCCGGCUGCGCGCCGACAGUUCGCUUUCUUCUCGUGUCUCUUCUGUCUCCGGUGUCGGCGUGGGUCCCGUCGCGAAGGAAAACGGUCCCGGGACAUCCACGAGUCCGGCGUCUUCGCCCCGACUCCCGCCUUCUUUCUUCCCUUCCUUCCUUCCGCGGUCGUCUUCUCCAGGGUCGCCUUCUCGCCUUGCUGCCUCGGCUUCUUUCUCGUCGUUUUCUCCCCCUUCUUCCCAUCCCUUGUCUUCUCUCCUUCCCUGCGCGUCUGGUUCUCGCGCGGCUUCGCCCGCGUCUUCUCAGACUGGGCUGUCUCCUGCUCCGGUCGAGGGUGCACACAAUUCGUCUGCGGUGGCCUCGACAGCGCUUCGCGGGACUGCCGAGCACACGCGCGGAGACACGCAGGAGGCAGAGACAGUUUCUUGCUCCCCGCGGCGUCACUUGAUUGUUCUUCGCCCCUCACCUUCGCAGUUCGCGACAUCUGCCGCUCUUCCCCCCUACCCCUCUCGAGAGAACCGGAAAGGCGAACCCAUUCAGAACGCCCCUCUUUCGGGAAGGGGAGAAAGGUUGACGCAGAAAAUGGUCUUGGGCGAAAGCGACAUGUUCGUUCUCACUGGCUCACCGGGCGUUCAUCUCACGCAAAUUCAUCAUCGCCAGGACGCCCCGCGUGGGGAUCCCUCCCUGUCUCCUUGGUCGUCUUCGCUCCUCUCCACAGUGGAGACAUCCGCGUCAGUGUGGGGUCAGGGCUUGCUGGAGAUGACGCCGUCUCUUCUUCCGGACUCGCUUCUCUUUGUCUCCUUCCCCGUGAGUCUGCGCUGGGAAACAGAGACGGGCGACGAAGGCGAGCGAGCGCGCGCGGUGUGUGUUUCGGCGAGAGAAGCUGAGAAGGACAGACCAGAGGGGGCGGGAAGAGCGGAGACAGAGUGCGCGGCAGAUCGCCCUGCGCUUCCGUGCGGAGCGGAACUGGAGGAAAAAAGCAGCGUCGGCCGCGAACUUCGGAGAACGCUCCAGAGAAGAAACUGGAGGAAAGCGUCUCCGUUUUUUCGCCGCUUCCUCGGAUUCGCUACCUCGCACUCCUCGCGCCUCUCCUUCAUCUUCCAGGAGUCGAUCUGUAGCGCAGGACCAUCCCGAACCUGGAACGGGGGAGAAGGCGGCGAGACGCAAGACGAAAACGAAGACGGGGACGAAAGACCUAAACCGAUGGGACAGCAAGUCGCCGUUUCGCGUUCUCCAGGCCGAGGGGCAACCCAGAAGCGAGGAGGAGACAAAGAGGCGCUGGGAGAAGAUAACCGUGCAGAGAUUCGAAGAACGACCGCGAGACGCGGUGACGGAGAGCUCGGAGUCAGGCGCUUCAAAGAGAACAGGAAAAUCAAGGAACGAUGGCACUUCUCCGCGGCGCAAGCAGGCGCGGUGGCGGCGCUGUGCUUCCAGAUUUGGAUGCCGCUCUUCUGCGAGGCCGCGCAGCUUCUCCUCGGAGCGGACCCGGACGAGGGAGGCGCAAGCGUCCCGGAAGACGACGACCUCGAAGCAAAGCGGAGACAUUUCGGGGCAGAACGCGACGAAGAGGGCCGAUGUCUUUCGAGCUCACCGGCGAGGCGCGACCGAGACGUGACGGCCAGGGAGCACGAUGCAGAUCUGCAAAGCAGUUCACGCAUGCAGAGAUCGGCCGCGCAUUUCACUGCCAUUCGAGCGGAAGGAGAGGAAGACGAUCUCGACAACCAAGGAGAAUCGGAGACGCUCGCCGAAUCCGAACACAAACGCGAAGCCACCUCGUCUCUCUGCGCCUCCCAGGAUUCUGCGCGCUUCGCCUCGCCGUCGCCUCUCCCCUGUUCGUCUGGAGCGUCUUGCUCGAGUUCCGACUUUUCUUCGCACGACGGGUUCGCUCAAGCAGAGGCAGGAUCGACGGCAGACUGUGGCCGAGAGGAAACAAGAACUGUGUCCGACUUGGGACGCGACAGGCUUACAGCCCUGAGGCAGUUGCUGGAAAUCGUCGAACUCGAGAUGCAGUUCGCCUGCUCAGACGACGAACUGAGAGGAGAAACCGAACGCGGAGAGUGGGAGGAAGAAGGGGAAGAAAGGGGCAAAGUGGGAGGAGGGAACGCAGGCGGAGAGAGCGCGAGUGGACGAGAAGAAGCUCGGAACAAUCGGGUGUCGAGACGGGGGUGUGCGAAGAAACGUGAGUUCGCCGCUUCCACUUUGUCUGCAUGUCUCUCUCUCGAAAGGAAGAAGCCGGCAAGACUCGCGAGUCCAAGUGCAACCCACCGCCUUGAAGCUGAGGAAGAAAGAGAAGCGCGAUUGCGAGAGGAGAGAAGGGGCGAAAGACAAGACAGUUCACGUGCGAGCGAAGAGAGGCAGAAGGCAAGUUCGGGCCGAUCCCGUGGCGCUGGAGUUUCUCCUGUGUCUUCUGACUCUUCUCUCUCUCUCUCCGUCGCCGUGUCUCCUCUUCCCGCGGCGGUGGCGACUGUGGCGGAGCUCGUUUUCGCGCGGCUUCUCGCCGUCUUCUUUGCCUUUCUCCAGCAAGAAGAAGAACACAGGGAGCGAGAGAGGGCGAAAGAAGCGCAAAGGGAGCCUUUCGAUCAGCACGUUCUUUCCCCCACGGUGGCCCCCCAUUCUUCGUCUGCGGGUGUGACGAGCACGAGCGAGCGCAGCAAGAGAGAGCGCGGGGCGUGGACGGCUGCGGAAGAUGAGGAGCUCGAGGCGAACCGAGGGAGCGAGAGAGAAGGGAAGAGAAGGAGACACACAUGCGCCGCGGCGGAGGAAAGAGUGAGGGGAGACCACGCGAGAGAAAGGGGAGCGUGGCGGUGCCCUACCGCGGGUCCGGACAGCCAGGGAGAAGACGGGAGAGAGCGCGGAGAGACAGGCGUCAGGAGACAGGAAGAAGCGAGCGGACGCGAUACCAGGAAGGAAACUCUAGGCGAGACGGCAGACGACGCAUGGGAUGCCGCCGCAGGAAGCACUGAAAGCCACAGCGGAACCCUGAAUAGAACCCGAGAAGAAGGACGAGCAGCACUGAAAGAUGCGAGAGAAGAAAGGGAAGACGAGGGAAAAGGUUUUCCCGAGGCAAGACGUGUCGAGCGGGCGCAAUGCGCAUUGGCGAAUGUCGUGUUGCCGUCUCCGUCCAUUGCGCGCGAGUGCGUGGCAUUUGGAGGCUUCGGCAGACUCCCCGACGACACCCGCACUGGGUUGCAUUUUCAGCUGACGCCGUUUUUCGCUCGUGUGCAGCGAGGCAUGCCUUUGCUCUUUCGCCACCAGCUGCAGCGGAGCGGUCUGCGGCAGCACGACCUCGUCGAUUUGUUUGCUUCGUAUCCCUCCCUUCCUGCGUCCGCGUUGUCUCUCUCCGUUGCCCCAGUGGGAAGCUCGGCGUCGGAGAGCCUUCGCAGCUCGGUGUCUCCGGACCGUUCGUCCCUUUCUUCUCUCUCGCCCUCUCUGUCUCCUUUUCUGCCCGCGCUGGCGCGCGGCGCAGAGAAGAGAGAUGCCCGAGACGGCGCCGAGGACGAGCGUCGCCGAGCGAAAGGCCGCAGAGAGGAGAAAGAGGACGAGAGAAGUGGAAAACGCGACGAAAAAACCGACUUGAGACCAGAGGAGAAAGAGGACGAGUCCACAAACAGAGAGAAAAAGGAGGAACUGGAUUGGACGCGAGUCGACAUGUUCGCCUGGGACCUGAUGGCGGAAAACGAUCUGGCGUGGCCCGAGUCCGCCAAAGCCCCUCCGAAGGACUUGAAGCCACGCGCGUCUCCUUCGUCCUCUUCUUCCUCCUCUUUCUCUGCCUCGCCUUCUGUGGGGGGUGCGAGUGCUGACCGGUCGGCGGGUGAGAGCGCCCCGGAGGCGGCGAGCGUGGCGGGCGACUUGAAGACAAAACGCCGGAGACGCCAGUCGUUGGUGGUCAAGAAGAAAGCGAGAGUCCUGCGAGGCGUCGGCUCGGCGGCUUCGUCUCAGUUCGAGACGCUGGGGGCCCUGGCGCGCGUGCGAGACUCUCAGAGUCGCCAGCCCCCAGCGCGGGCUCUCGCGGUCUCUGGCAGAAACUGCGCGUUUCCGCCUCGCGCGCUUUCUCGGGGCGCAGAGCGCCGAGCGAGCGGCCGCGCCGUACUCGUGACUGCCUCGCGGGGCAUUCUCAAGAAAAAGCCGCAAACAGUUCCUGCCUCGCCGCCGGCAGCCCCAGGGCCUGUCUGCGCCCCUCGAGAAGAGACAGAGAGAAGGAAAGGGACGGCCGGCCGGGACGCAAGACCAACGGCGUCUUCUCGUGUGCACCAAGUCGACGUGUCCUCGGGUUCUGUGCCCGGAAAGAAGAAGGACCCGUCUCCGUCUUCAGUCUUUGCUGGGAGCUCGCGAGACGCCGCCCCGCUCGUGGGGUCGAGCAGCUGUCGCCUUCUCGCGGCGCAGUGGCAAACAGCAGACCCCGCGCUCUUGGCGCAAGCAGCGGAGAGAAUGCAGGAGAGGAACCUCUCGGCUUUCCACGGUCUCCUUCUCGGGGAGGACGGCAGACUUCCAGAGAGUGCCGAGUUACAGUUGAAGAGAAAUGAGCUUUUCUUCGCUCUCGAGUCUCAAGACCGCCUCACUCGAACGGCAAAUCUCCUGGAGGCCACGGCUGCGCGUUCGGGGGCUCGCACGCCGCCCUUUGUGGUUCGUACGAAGUUGCUCAAGUUGGGAAAAUCGCGCGUCCACGGAUGGGGCGUCUUUGCGGCCGAGCCCAUCUACAAAGACGAGUUCGUCAUCGAAUACUCCGCAGUAGUCGUCAGCGAGGCCAUGGCAAACUUCAGGGAAUGGCAAUACAUGCAGAGCAUGGGAGGCAGCACUUAUCUCUUCAAGCUGAGGAACAGCACGAUCGUUGACGCGACUCAAAGCGGCGCAGUCACGAGAUUCAUCAAUCACUCUUGCCGCCCCAACUGCCAAACCAGAGACCUCAGUGGUGGGAGCGACGACGACAACCGCCACUGCCACGUGGGAAUCUUCGCGCUCCGAGACAUCGCCAUCGGAGAAGAACUGUUCUACAAUUACAGCCUGUCGGAGGGAGCGCUCGGCCAUGAGGCGUGUUACUGUGGAGCUGAAGGCUGCAAGGGCGUCAUGUAA